UUGUUUAUAUCAACAUUUGAUUCGGUUAUUAAAUCGCUAAGUUUUAAGAAAAUUAUUGAAAAGUUUUUUAAAAACUAAAGCUAUGGAUCAACUAAAUAAUAUCAAAGACUUAGACAAUCUUUCGCUUGUAAUUCACGGACCAAAUGAUUUAAGACUCGAACAAACGCCUAUUAAAGACACUUUAGAGCCAAAUGAGUGUUUGCUUGAAACACACAGUUGUGGUUUUUGUGGUACUGAUAUACAUUUGAUGGACCAUGGUCGUAUGGCUGAUUUUAUUGUAAAGGAACCGUUAGUUAUCGGACACGAGACUUCAGCCAGAGUAGUGGCCGUCGGCGGUGAUGUUAAAAACUUAAAAGUUGGGGAUCGGGUGGCCGUCGAAACUGCCAUUCCGUGCCAGAAAUGCGACUAUUGUCGGGCCGGUCGUUACAAUUUGUGUCCCAUAUCUAACACUCAAGCAAGAGGUCUGCCACCAAAACACGGAUGUCUGCGUAGAUAUUAUGCACAUCCCGCAGAUUUCUUGUUUAAACUUCCGGACAACGUUUCCUGGGAAGAGGGGGCUAUGUGUGAGCCCUUCUCGUGUAUAGUACACGCGUGUCGACGAUUAAACAUAAUGGCCGGACAUAAUGUAUUGGUUUGUGGCGCCGGUGCUAUGGGAAUGAUGGCAUUCCUUUGCGCCAAAGCUUUCGGUGCCAACAAAGUCUUUGUAACUGAUAUUAAUAAAAGUCGGUUAGCUUUGGCCGAUAAAUUAGGUGCCGACAAAACCUACGCAAUUGAUCCAAAAACAUUUAAUGACUUUGAUAUGGCACAGACUGUCGUCAAAGAUAUGGGUUGUAAUCCUGAUAUAAGUAUUGAAUGCACUGGCAAUGAUUCCAGCACUUCAAUGGCUAUAUAUGCCACCAAAAAUGGUGGUAAAGUUGGUAUCGUUGGAUUGGGAGGUCUUAAAAGUACUGUUCCUUUAGUUCACACAGCAAUGAGAGAAAUUGAUUUGAUUGGUGUCUGUCGUUUCAAAGAUGAUUAUCCAUUGGCCAUAGAAUUGAUAGCAUCGGGUAAAGUGAAUCUGAAACCAUUAAUAACUCAUAAGUUUCCCAUCACUGAAGCCAUUGAAGCCCUUAAAUUCAUGAAGAAGAAUGUCGAGGGAUCUCUUAAGAUAAUGGUUCACUACUGAUACUAAUACUAAUACUAAUACUAAUACUAAUACUAAUACUAAAUACUAAUACUAAUACUAAUACUAAUACUAAAUAAUAAUAAUCUUAACUAUAUUUUUACAAAUAA